CUAUGUACCGUCACAAUUUUCAGUAUUAGAUGCCCUCCUCGUUGAUCGAGACAGUUAUAUACACCGGUCGGUGCGUGUUGACUUUCUUUGGAGAUAGCUAAUUGUUGAAAUCUGGAUUUUCACUAGGUUUAAGAAAGGUCUAGAAUUUUGAAGCGCCAAACUCAGGAGCAAGAAAGGGGUGAUGAAGGCGUUUCUUCUAUCCCUCGCAUACAUGGUAUGCACCAUCCCAAUGGGAUGGGGAUGUGUGUCUGGUGCGGGUCCAUCGUGGGAGAUAUCCAAGCCUGGCCUUGGAAGAGGCGGAGGACCGACAGGUGUAAUGCCAAUACCAGGUGUAGCUCCUAGACCAGGUGUAGCUCCAAGACCAGGUCCAGAAGGCCCAGAGGGACCAAGCCGUCCAAGAAUACCAGAAGAAGUAGCGAGAUACUUCGCUGGAUUGAUCAGCAAGGAAGAAGCUUUCGCAAGCAUCGAUCUUGAUAAUGAUGGCCAGGUUGCCAUUGACGAGUGGAUUGUCGAAGGCGGUACCGGGUCCGACUUCCUUCAUAUGCUACGCCGACUUGAUACAAAUGACGAUGAUAUGAUCUCACUUGAUGAGCUUCAGCCAUUCAGUCUACCAACCGAACAGGUGGACAGGACUCUCGAAGAAGUGGCGGAAACACCGAAUGAUAUUCCACCGGAGAGACCAACACCUGGGAGCAUACCUCGAGAACCCAUCCCCAGAAUACCGAGACCCUACAAUCCUCACAAUCCUAGGGAAAUGUUCGACCCCCGAUUCAGGUACCGGUUUCUACCUCGUGAACUCCAACUCCAACACCGGCUUCAACGUGAAUACCAAAUUCCUUGAACGAUACAAUCGAUAUCAGGUUAUGAACAGCAUUGACUUAACCUGGGAAAUGAAAUCGGAUCAAGUUAACCUAUAUACCAAUCCCCCGAUAUUACGUGAACCUGGCCGGUCGAUCUCCAAUAUAUCGAUAACUUGGAGAAUUCGAAAAAGAGAACUGCCUGGUGAAACCGAGGAUAAGAUCAAUUUCAAAAGUCUAAAUAAUGGUCUGCCUAUGAACAUGUACCUUCAUUUAUCAUGUCUGCAUUAAUGUUUACGGAUCAUUUCACAAAAAUAGCAAUAAAGACAUUUCAUAAAUUUCAUCAUUCCUGACUUGUGUACAUAGAUUUGUAUUACAGAAACGAAGGGCGCCAUAAUUUCACAGCCAUCAAAAAAGCCGCUUUAUUACCGACCGAAUGGCUUGUCCAUACGUCGGAUCUAUCGCCUAAAGACUAAAAAACAAAAUGUAAGACUGGUCAUUGAUAUAAUAACUUCGUUGCAAAACCUAAUGAUGAAAUCCUCGCCUAUACAGUGCGUCACAUGAAAAGGAAACCGGGAUUUCGGUGUAUUUUUUUUCUUUAGAGGCAAAUGAAUUAUGAUAUUUCAUUUAAAUCAUAUUAUUCAAUUAGUCUUAUUUAUUUUGAUACCAAAUUUGAGAAAAACACUUUACACGCAUUGAUGAGCAAGACGAAUUUGAGAUUUCAAUGUCAAAUCAGGUUCAGCAGAAAAAUUGGACAUGAUUGGUUAGUGAUACGACAACCGUAUUCUUUGUUAAAAUAUUACUAAUCCCUUAAAUUAGAGCGGAUUCAGAUUCACACGAGAAUUUCUGCGGGAAUCGUUUCUGAAGUACCUCAAUAUUUAUUGUUGCAAUCUGACACGCCUGCCACUAAUUGCUAAGCUGUUGAUUUCAAAAGAGAGAUGAGAUUCCAAUCAUGCAAGGAGUUUUAUAGUAAAAACACAAUUUAAUAAUUGUGAAGUCUAUCUCUGAAAAUUGGUUUCCCUUUUUGUUGAACGCACUGCAUAAUAGUUUUUGUUUAUAUACUGUAUAUGAUGUACAUAUGAAACCCUCACAUUGUCAAUUUCGUCGAAUGUAGACGAUAACAAUUUUCUCAACCACAAAAAAACAAACUGUCGGAUUUAAAACCAGCAUGAUACCUUGCAUAUCUUUACAAGCUUGAUACCUUUACAAGAUUUGCUUUUAGUGCCCCCCCCCCCCACAUUUUCAUCUAUGCUAAAUUUUUUACUUUUUUUUCUUUACGAAAUAAGAAUGUUCAUCUGUAAAUUGUAUCUGAUUUAUAUUACUUUGUAUUUUUUUUAAUGGAAAUGGAAUAAAGAAUUGAAUUGAA